GGUAACCCUACCCUAGAAUAAUAACGGUCACAGGAGGGUCCUCCGAAACAAACGAACCUGUGAAUGGUUCCAUCCGCCAACCAGCCAGAAUGACCAAGCGUACGAAAAAAGUCGGUGUUACUGGAAAGUACGGUGUCCGUUACGGUGCUUCCCUCCGUCGUGACAUUCGUAAGAUCGAGGUUCAGCAACAUGCCCGUUACCAGUGCCCUUUUUGCGGUCGUUCUACCGUGAAGCGUCAAGCCGCUGGUAUCUGGAAGUGCACCGGCAAGAACUGUGGCAAGAUCAUUGCUGGCGGUGCCUGGACUGUUUCUACUGCUGCUGCCACUAGCGCUCGUUCUACCAUUCGUAGAUUGCGUGAAAUGGUUGAGGUCUAAGCUGCUGGUCUAGUUGACGCGGCAUUUAUUUGUGCUGUGUACAAUGAAAGUUACUUACAGUUCAGUAAUAUGUUAAUGGCCUUGAAAAAAUCAUGGUUAGUAAUUGGUGAGAAGUUGGGAGGAAGGGAGAUUAGCGAGCGC